UGUCUUUUGUUGAACAUUUUAGUGUGUUAUAUGGUCAGGAAUUUUUGUGUUACAAUGUGCAUGGAUUAGUGCAUCUCUCUGAGGACGUAAAGCAACAUGGUAAUUUGGAUGGAUUUUCUGCCUUUCCAUUUGAAAAUUACUUGGGAUGUCUUAAAAAGCUUGUCAGAAGACCUUGCAAUCCUUUGGCUCAAGUCAUUCGGAGGCUAUCAGAAAUAGAUGCCCACAGGUGUACAGGAGAGGAGGAGAACUUUAAAAGAAGCCUCAGACUGGAACACAAUAAUGGCCCAGUUCCUUUGCUAUUUUCCAAUGCCGUUAAUCAGUUUCGAGAGGCCAUUCUUGGUGAUUUGAUCAUUAAAACAACAGAUGGAGACAACUGUGUGAAAAUUCAGAAUAGUAUUGCUGUUAUUGUCAACAUUAUUUUGAAUGGAGGAAAAAUGUUUCUUGUAUACAGGGAGUAUAGACAAAGAAGUUCAUUUUUUGAUUAUCCAAUGAGUUCAUGUGACUUGGGAAUUUAUUUUGUGAGGGGACUCUCUGAAGAUUUGCUCGUCUCAGAGUUCAAUGACACUGUUGAGAAGUAUGUUAGGUUACCUCUGCAAGAUGGUUUUGUUGUUGUACCAUUACUGCAUACGGCACAAGUUCAUGAAAAGGAAGAUUAAACAGAAUAUGUGGUCACACAAACCAUGGAGCCGUUGAUAAAACGAGUUUGGAGGAUCAAAAGAAGCUUUUAAGGAGAACAAAGAAUGUUUCAUAUCGUUUCAUUUUUGGAAACCAAUGAGGUGGAAGUUGUGCCUACUGGCUGGGUAGAUGGUGACCAGUGUGUUUGGCCAACCCUAAAAGGAGAUAGCCUGACAAAAGCAGUGAAAAUGAACAUGAAACCAAAAAAAGACUGGAAAAAAUAUAAAGUUAAGCUUCUCUACACAACAGACAACUAUGAAGAUGCCAGAAGAAAACUUCCUGAGGCAGAAAUGUUUACAGACAUUCAGUCUGAUGCAGAAGGUGAUGGUAAAAAACCUAGAAGAGUUAUGAAAAGCUUAAGGCUUCGAGACUUCAAACUUUUGAGUAAUAGUGACAGUGAUGAAGAUGAUCGGCAGAAUUUGACAGUCCUGGAACCACCACCUCCUAUACAGCCACCCACAUUUCAAAUGACUCAGUCGAUUUCAAGCCCCUCUACACCACAACAUCAGCCAUCUGUCUACCAGCCACCAUCAGCCAGUUGGUCAUCAAAGAGUCAACAGUCAUCUCUUUACCAGCCAGACAGUCAGCCAUCAGCUAGUCAACAGCAGUCUCUUUUUCAGCCAGCCAGUCAGCCAUUAACGGAUCAACAGCCAACUCUUUACCAGCCAGUCAGUCAUCCAUCAACGAGUCCACAGCAGUCUCUUUACCAGCCAGCCAGUCAUUCAUCAACGAGUCCACAGCAGUCUCUUUACCAGCCAGCCAGUCAUCCAUCACUAAGUCCACAGCAGUCUCUUUACCAGCCAGCCAGUCAGCCAUCACUGAGUCCACAGCAGUCUCUUUACCAGCCAGCCAGUCAGCCAUCACUGAGUCCACAGCAGUCUCUUUACCAGCCAGCCAGUCAGCCAUCACUGAGUCCACAGCAGUCUUUUUACCAGCCAGCCAGUCAGCCAUCAACAAGUCCACAGCAGUCUUUUUACCAGCCAACCAGUCAGCCAUCAAGAAGUGGACAGCAGUCUCUGUUCCAGCCAGCCAGUCAGCCAUCACCGAGUCCACAGCAGUCUUUUUAUCAGCCAGCCAUUCAGCCAUCAAAGAAUCGACAGAAGUCUCUGUACCAGCAAGCCAGUCAGCCAUCAAGUCGACAGACACCUUUCUCUCACUCAGCUAGUCGGACGUUAAGGCAACAUCUAACUUUUCAUCAGCCAGCUAUUCAGGCUUCACCAUCUCAACAGCCAUUUCUCUAUCAGCCAACUAGUCAGCCUAGUUUAGAAAGCCAUCAAACAAGCCAUGCCCAAAGUCAGUCACCAACAGAAAUGGAUCCAGUAGGCCCAGAAUCUGUCCUAAGAGCAAUCCAACCACUUCAAAUUAUGCUAAAGGAGAUUUUGACCAAACAAGAAAUGGUUCUUGACCAACAAAAAACAAUUCUUAGAAUUCUGCAUUCAACAAAUCGCCCAAAUUCUGAUGUCCAUGAUGGGGCCACGUUCAAAAAUCAUCUUCCAGUAAAAGAUACAGAGUCUCUCCAGUGCCUAGAGGCAGAGCUGAAGACAAACACCAAUAUUAAAUCAGAAUUGAUUAACUACCUGGGUCUAAUUGGUGGUGUUGAUGUAAGAGACACCGUAUGGAGAGUGUUAAAAGCCACUUUCUCAACCACUGUGGCACGUGGCAUGAAUUGGAGAGGAGUAAAUGGCAAGGUCUGUUUCCAGCGCCUGGUCCUGAAAGAAGUUGUCAUUGGUGCAGUCAGGCAGAAUCCACAAACACGGGCGUCUACCCAAAAGGAGAUCGAACUAACAAUUAUAAAAUGGCUCCAUCUGGCUGGAGACCGUGAUGGUGGGAGGAGGGAGCGAAUGAAACGCCCCUUGGCCACUCAAGUACAAUUACAAGAAUAAUCGUCUGUCGUGAUUUCGGUCUUACCGGUUGGCUGUGUGUCUGUUUUCCUUUGUUGUCGUGUAUGUUUGUCAUAAGCAUGGUUAUUGUGCUAAUUGUCCGGUUCCAAUAAAAACAAAAACAAAAAUUCUGUAAUAUAAAUUACAGAUAACAUGAUAUACAAGUUCAUUGUA